GGAGAUGGCACUUUUUUCGCGUGAUGACGGGGAUAUCGACGAUUUCCGCCUGCAAUAGGGAGCGAGGUUCAUCACCCCACCCCGCUAAUUCUGACCUUGUGGCGCUUCACUGUUCCAAUCGUGAUAUAAUCAGCAGAAAGCCCAGAAAGAACGCUUUCAAACACGUCUUUUUCAGAUGAAUAUGAAUAAACAGCUUCCGAUCUUAGAAUAGCUGAAUGAGCCCUAACCUUAAUGCGCCACACUCACAUAAGAACUCGAUUUGCCAUAAACUUUCCACCUCUCGGAUGGCAGAGUAGUGAGCUUUUAUGGGAAUUUACCUAUCGGCACAAGAUGAGGCUCAUUAAUCUCUGGAGCAUCCUCGUCUUGACACUAUUCUCGAUUCAACUUUGCAGUGCGAGGGAGGUUAUUGAUGGAUCGCUGGGUUCCUUUAAGGAGUUCCGAAAGCGUAUGCGAUUAUACCUAGAGGAACGAGUGAAGGAGUUACGGACGAUCGAUGACGAGGUGUGGUUGGAUAUUGAGAAGACGAUGGAUGGCAACAUUACCCUCGUAUACCUUCCACAACUGAAAUCCAUGAUAAAAUCAUGUGGGCCGAACACUGCUUACAGAGUCGAAUCGGCAUCCAAAACAGCUAUAAUGCACGUAGCAGAAUUGGAGUUGGAAGAUUGGCCCCGCUUCUUGAAGUGCUACACUGAUCUGGGUAUAUACAUGCUCAAUCCUGGUUACGGGGAAACACCCGUCACAGCGGACUUCGAGAAGCAGUUACAAGAUCUUGUCGAAACCAUCAAAGCAAGGAUAUCUGGUAUCAUCGAGGAAAUUGUGGACAAGUUCAUCCUGGAGGUCCACCGUGCCAGAACAUAUCAGUAUUCAAAUUUAUCGGAAGUUGAGGAUGACAAGUGAAGACAGAUGCCGAUGGACGACAUUGAAUUGAAGUUUUGUAAGGGAAAAGACAAGCACCACUCACAAGAUCAGCAACCUGAGACAGCUACUGGCUUUAACUUCACUCAGUGCUGUAUAAUUGAAUGGGUCACGGAAUAAAAACCAACAGCAUUCGAUUAGAUAGCGUUUUAUUAGAGUCACAAAGUUAGCUGGGUUAUGGAUUCAUCUACAAUUGUUAAAUUUACAUGGGGAAUCUGCUGCGAACUAGUGGAGCUUCAUCUGGUUGAAAUUUGAGGCAUGCGUGUCCGGCUCAGUUCUGGGGCAUCGCCAACGUUUGUCUCUCGUAAGAUGCUUGCUUCUAAAGGGUAGAACGAAACUUAGGUGGGAAUAGAUGCACUGAAUGGAGCAGGCACUAGUUUACCAGUCACAGA